UUGUUUCUUUGCAAUUGACCUCGAAGUGCUCCAAGACUCCAAGUACUAGAAAGAUAAAUCGUAGAUUUUUCUCUGAACACAACUUCCAGCUUAUCCAAUGUGGAAUUUAUGUUUUUGUUUUUCAGAUUGUCAAAAUUCUGUAUACUCUUCGGCCUCUACCGUGAAGCAAAAGAUAGUUAUAAAGGUGCAAUUUAGCUCUGAGAAACGCAAAACUGAGGCCUUCAAGACUGCCGCCGGCUUUAAAGGUGUGAGCAGUGUGUCUAUAGAAGCAGACAAAGACCAAGUUGUUGCGAUCGGAGUCGGAAUUGAUUCGGUUUGCUUGGCCAAAUUGUUGAGGAAGAAACUCAGCUACGCCCAAAUAGUAAGUGUUGAAGAAGUGAAGCCCGAAGAAAAGAAGCCAAAAGUUGAAACUAUUCCAAUUCAAUGGACAUCAAGCUGUGCUCAAUAUCCUGUGUGCGAUGUUUUCUACUGGUGAUCGAACUUGAGCACUUUUAGCAACGUUCAAUUUAUUUCCCCCGUCAAAAUACAAUAUUCUUCCAAGAACUAGUGUAUAUGUUUGGUAUUUUUUUUUUUCUCUCUCUCUCUCUUUUCAGUAGCCUUGUAGACUUGUAUGUUUCGAUUUUGACUGCAAUUUGUUCAAUAUCUUGUGUUAAUCUUCUAUUUUCUUCUCUGCAUUUUGUUUAAUUCGUGAGAAGUAAAACUUUAAGAUUUUUACGAAAUAUGUGAUCUGAAAGUCUGAGCAAAACCAAAGCAUAAAGUAUGGUGUCCCCCUCUGAU